AUGCAAAAGGGUCAAGAAAUAGUGAGUGAUAUAUUUUAUAAGUAUUUGGAGAUGAAGAGGCUUAUCGAAGUUAUGUUCGUCUUCUUCGCCUACUUGAUGUGCUCAAGGGCUAUGGUGCCUUAUCGAGGUUGUGACGUGAUCGGGGCAGUUUCGAGAAGUGGAUUAGGAAAAUACGAGACGAGAGUACCCAAAGAGGAUUUUUUCUCUGGUCGUAAGUUAGUUUCUGGUCCGAGUCGUAGUGCUUGCGGCCACUAAUUGUCGGGAUAACAAGAUCUUAAUCUAUAGUCAUGCUUAUCUCUGGUUUCAUGUUAAUUUUCGUUUAAGCUUUAUGAACAUUUGUAAUGAGGUUUAACGUUGCACCUAAUGAAAAUGAAUUGCUUGCAAGUU